ACAGAUACAACACCAAGACAAUAUGGACUUUCUCGGAAACAUUGAUACGCAACAUGAAGGCAAUAGGGCGACCACUGUUACGGAAAGGAUACCCAUUCUUCAUAACACUACAUCGCAUAGAGAACGCUUUCACAUGAGUGCAUUGUUUAGUGGUUUGUAUGGAAUGCUUAUCUAUUUGUUUGCAAUUGUGCUACUUACUGCCGGCUUGGCCCAGCAAUUGGAAACCCCGGAGACGUUUAACAUCUACACCAUUGUUGUAUACAUUGUUGCCAUCGCGUGGAUAGUUGGCGAUAUCAUCUACUUAAAGGUAAACAAAUUGUCACCUGUUGGAACAGAGAUGAGUAUGGCCAGUAGUCUUCAUGUUAAAGGCGGGAUCGUGACAUUUGGUUUCACGAGCAUUUUGAUGUCCAUCAUCGACAUAUGGUUGAAGUCACAAACGUAUGAGGAUGUAUUAUUAUAUGAAAUUGGACUUGGAAUGAGAAUCAUUUUCUUUUUUGCCGAGAUAAUUUACCUGAUAAAUUUCUCGAACAUUUGUGUUACAAGUUGGAGUGCGUUAAGAAGAUUUGGACUCAUGCAUGUUAUGGUCACUAAUUUUAAAGAUAUGACAAUGCACGUCAUCAUUGACUCUGGUGGUCUGAAUGAAAUUACAACCAGUAAAAAUUCCACAAAUACAACCAAUUCGUCGCUGCAGUCAAUGUGGAACGUUUUAGAGCCAUAUCUGGACGUAUGUCGAAUCCAGUAUUGUUUCAUCGCAGCUGCCACGGUUGCUAUCAUGUGGAACAGUAUUGGCAACGUACACCAGGUUAAGACCAAGGACGUAGUCAGUAAUGGACACUACUCCUCCUGGAACACAAGCAUAGCUCUGAUUCUAGGUUUCGCUGUUAUCACAGGAACAGUUGCAUCCCUAAUUAUCUCCUCCUCCCUUGAAGAUAACAGUAUUUUUCUCAGCUACUAUUAUAUAAGGGUGACACUGAAUUUCAUAACAUUGUACACAGUUACGGUACUACUUGCCGUUUCGCGACGCUCUAAUUUAGGCUUCCGCAAGUUACUGGCCCCAUUCCAGUUGGACGAACUGAUCAUAGGGCUUUGCCUAGUGUUCUAUACUUUACAAGAGAUGUAUUCAUCUCUUAGUCUGAUCGUAGCUAUAUACUGUUCAGACGUGAAAUAUGAGGUGUUGACAAGUAUCGACCAGUUGUUAACCUUGGUGAGGAUAGUGAUUCAAACUGUCCUGAUCGUGCAAAGCCUACGACUUAAGGUGUCCAUUCCGAUUGGCCACUGGUUCAGAUCUAUGCUUCUGUUUUUUUCGAUGUCCAAUUUAGCCUGGUGGAUCAUCGCAUUGACCGAGCUUAACAAUAACCAACAUAUUUAUGAGACACAGAAAAAUCUGUACGGGAGAAAAACUUACGAGGUGAUUCAUGGAAUUACCGGUCCUUUUGUAGUUUUUUAUUACUACCAGUCCAGUGUCUGCUUCUUUGAGAUGUGGAUGACGAAUAAUCUGCAUUUUGUAAGCGUAAAGAUAGCUCACGAUUAAAAUUUACCUAACAGUAUGAUGUAAUAAAAUGCCUCUGACAGGAUUAGAACCUGCGACCUCUCGCUGUCAAUGCGAGCGUCAUAAAAAUUAUACCAAAGAGGCUACAUGGUUGAAUAGAUUCAAAUAACCGCCAGAUACUCUAUUACAACAUAGGUAUGGCUAGAAACAAAUAGUUGCAUAUAAUAUAAAUCAAGAUAGCCGUUAAUAACACUGUUAAAUUAUAUAUGUCAUCAAAGAAAGGUAAAUACAGUGCUAUCUUGAUGUAAUAUCCUUU